AUGGGAACGUUUACAGUGCUUCUGGCAGUUAGUUGGGAGGAAUGGUGGACGUAUGAUGGCAUAUCGGGUCCUGCCUUUUGGGGUCUCAUCAACCCGGAGUGGUCACUUUGUAAUAAAGGUCGGCGCCAAUCGCCAGUGAACUUGGAACCACAGCGUUUGCUAUUUGAUCCGAAUCUGAGACCCUUACAUAUUGACAAACAUAGGAUAAGCGGUUUGAUCAGCAAUACCGGCCAUAGUGUCAUCUUCACAGCUGGCAAUGAGACAGUAGCGAAUUAUGAUGGCAUGCAAACACCAGUUAACAUAUCCGGGGGACCUCUGUCAUACAGAUAUCGAUUUCACGAAAUUCACAUACACUACGGACUUCACGAUCAGUUUGGUUCGGAGCAUAGCGUGGAGGGGUAUACAUUCCCAGCGGAGAUUCAAAUAUUCGGCUACAAUUCACAACUCUAUGCAAACUUCUCGGACGCUUUGAAUCGAGCGCAAGGCAUUGUUGGUGUAUCAAUUUUGCUGCAGCUUGGUGAUCUCUCCAAUCCCGAAUUGCGUAUGCUCACCGAUCAGUUGGAUCGCAUACGUUUCGGUGGCGAUGAAGCGUUCGUUAAACGUCUGUCCAUUCGCGGUUUACUGCCGGAAACAGAUCAAUAUAUGACGUAUGAUGGCUCAACAACAGCGCCUGCCUGUCAUGAGACUGUCACAUGGGUUGUGUUGAAUAAACCCAUCUACAUAACAAAGCAACAGUUGCACGCCCUCCGUCGCCUUAUGCAAGGCAGCCCCGAUCACCCCAAAGCACCACUUGGCAAUAAUUAUCGACCACCGCAACCGCUACUGCACCGACCUAUUCGCACUAAUAUCGACUUCAAAACAAGCAAGGUGAAUGGCAAGGCUGCGUGUCCCACCAUGUACCGGGAGGUAUACUAUAAAGCUACAAGUUGGAAACAACAUUGA